AUAUGCAUACAAUAUGCUGCGCUCACGCAUGCAUACACGCAAGCGUACAACCAAACGAAUGGAUGGUUUGCAAUUCACAUUCGUGACCAAUAAUAAAUAUCUAUAUUUGUAUUAAUGAGGUAGCCGUGUUGUAAAACAGGAUACACAAUAAAUAGAAAUUUGUAGAACUUUGUUUUCUAAAGAUUUCUACCAAAAAUACUAGGGUAUUUUCAAAGGCGAAAUAGCUGCGAAGCCAUCAAGAAGUUGACAAGUUUUGCUACUUUUAGUGAAAUUUAUUUUCAAAAUGGCAGCUACGAGAAGAUUGCAAAAGGAACUUGGUGAUUUAAGAGCUUCAGCAAUGAAAAAUUUUACAAAUAUUCAAGUAGAUGAGUCAAAUAUUCUUACUUGGCAAGGCCUUAUACUGCCGGAUAAUCCACCAUAUAAUAAGGGAGCAUUUAGAAUUGAGAUAAACUUUCCUGCAGAAUAUCCUUUUAAACCUCCAAAGAUAAACUUUAAAACUAAAAUAUAUCAUCCGAAUGUUGAUGAAAAGGGACAAGUAUGCUUACCAAUUAUCAGCGCUGAAAAUUGGAAACCAGCUACGAAAACAGAUCAAGUUGUACAAGCAUUGAUAGCAUUAGUAAAUGAUCCAGAGCCUGAACAUCCGUUGAGAGCAGACCUUGCCGAAGAGUUUCUAAAGGAUAGAAAAAAAUUUUUAAAAAACGCUGAAGAGUUUACGAAAAAACACGCAGAAAAAAGGCGGGAGUCAUCAUCAUCUAACGAAUAACCACGGGUGACCGAUUUUAUUCACCAAGAUGCCUGCCACCUGUCAGAUAAUUUAAUUGAAACCAGCAUAGACUUAACUGUUACAUGAAAACAAGUUGAGAUACAUGUGUACAGUAUUGGUUAACUACCGACAAUGAUAUAAAUAUGUGCAAAUUGUAAUGUUUAUAAAAGUGGAUUAACAAAUUUUUCAGAACAAAGUAAAAUAUAAUAAACUAACUGUAUGAUAUUGUAUACGAUUUGUAUUUAAAGUCGUUGCGCGGUUAUAAUCCAUACAAUUCAAAGGAAAGAAAAGGGGGAAAAAAAAAUGUCAUUUAUUCUUUUUGUGUUGGAGUAAAAAGAGUAAGUUUCUACAGUAAUGAAUUUUUCUUCCAAUGCUAUGGGUGCAUUAUCAUGAUGUUAAUUCCUCAAAAGUUGUAGAAGAAUUUUUAUGCGUAUCACUUAAGCUCGUAAACAAAUGUGAAUGUAAAUAAGUUUAUGUAAUUAUUAAAACAAUAGCAACACUUUUUUCUUAG